GGCAGUGCGAAUGUAAAGAUCUUGUCGGAAUUUAAAAUAAAAACAAAAAAUACAAACAAUAAGUUGUUCGAAAAAUUCCUAUAAAAAUGUUGAUGCUAUUAAUUGCAAGUGUUUUCCUUUCGAUUUUUGUCUACUUUGCCUGGAAAGGCUCAUAUUGGCAGCGACAUGGUGUCCGAGGACCUCGUGGCUGGCCUUUGGUUGGCAAUAUGUGGUCCUUUAUUACGGGACGACAACAUUAUGGCGAUGUCUAUCAGCAAAUUUACAACGCUUAUCCGGAAUUACCUUACAUUGGCAUCUAUCGCCUGUUCGGUGAACCGGCAAUUUUAUUACGCAGUUCGGAGAUGAUAAAAGAGGUGAUGAUACGUAAUUUUCAACAUUUCCAAGAUAAUGUCUUGUGGGUUAAUCCCGAACGUGAUCCAGUUGUGACCUGCAACCCGUUCAUAGCCAAGGGGGAAAAAUGGCGUACAAUGCGUAAUGAGCUGGUACCCAUCUUUACACCGAACAAGGUGAAAUCGUCAUUUCCACAUAUUGAAAAUGUUUGCCGGAAAUUGAUGGCGCAUGUUAAUGAAAAUAUGAAAACUAAUUGCUUCGAGGCAAAGGAUUUAUUUUCAAAAUAUACACUGGACGUUAUUGCUUCCUCAGCCUAUGGAUUGGAUGGUCAAACAUUUACGAAUACAAAUUCGGAUUUUACAACCUUGGUGGAACAUAUUUUCAUGCCGAAUCCCUACAGUCUAUUGGAUUCUGUCGUUUUGCUGUUUUCCCCCACAUUGGGUAAUCUUAUAAAGUACACUUAUUUCCCGAAAAAUGUUGCCAACUGGUUACACAGUAUAAUUAUGAAUAUUUUAAGUUUACGCCUUGACAAAGAAGAAAAAGAAGAAACCAAAUGCCUCGAGAAAAUCGAACACAGCGAUUUUAUUCAAUGGUUAAUUGAAAACAAACGAAAACAAAAUGAACCGGUCGAUAAGGCAACGAUAGUGGGUCAUUGUAGUACAUUUUUACUUGAAGGUUUCGAAACUUCAUCGUCCUUAAUGGCAUUCGCUUUGUAUCAGUAUGCCAUAAAUCCUUUGGAACAGCAAAAAGUUUUAAACGAAAUCGAUGAAGUUUUAAAACGCUACGAUGGCAAACUAUGUUAUGAGGCCUUGCAGGAAAUGUCCUACUUGGAAGCUACGAUGUACGAAACACUUCGCCUACACGCCCCAAUGAUGGCUUUACUAAAACAUUGUACGAAAUCCUUUGAAUUACCGGCCCAACAUCGAGGAGGUCAAUCUUUUUGGGUACCAGAGGGUAUGGUCUGCAUAGUUCCGGUAAAAGCUGUCCACUAUGACCCUGAUAUCUACGCAAAUCCAUUAUCAUUUCAACCUGAACGUUUUAUGGAUGAUAAAGAUAAGCGUCCACCAUGCUCUUUUCUGGGUUUCGGUGAGGGGCCACGUAUGUGUCCAGGUGGUCGUUUUGGUCUGGCACAAAGUAAAGCUGGCAUUGUUUCUGUACUUUCGAAAUAUUCUGUACAUGUUGCUGACAAGGCCCAAGGGAAGCCAUUGAAAAUUGCACCGACAACCUUUCUAACUGCAGCAGAGAACGGUAUAUGGAUAAAGUUCAAAGAACGUGCAUAAAAGCGGGAGAGAAGAAAAAUAAAGUAUACAAAGUGGAGUGAAUAUGAAUUGGAAGAGUGGAAAGAUGGUGAUUAUGCUUUAAUUAAGAAAUUAUGUGUGAAGAAAAUAAACAAUGUAUUUUAAGUGCUGAAGCAUAAAAAUAUAUUCACUACAAAAAGUACAACAAA